GAGUCUUCUCUGCGUUCGUGCGGUUAGGACGAGUUUUUACAGAAUUAUACAUUUCAAAAGCUUGCGAAAUUAAAUUAUGUUUGGUAAUCGAUUCGUGGCUGUUGUUCUGGUUGCCAGCUGCAGCUUGGCUCAGGCCUAUCCGGCGCUCUUGCCAUAUCUCUACUCUCCUUUGAAGCGCAGCGCUGCGGCCUUUCCGCAAAUCGAGGACGAUGUCGUGGAACUGGAUCAGCUGCGACAGGAGCAGCCCGUUGCGGGCAAGCGGCAGCAUGAUGGCAGCACCGCACGGACCACCACAACCACCACCAAGGAGAGCAUUGAGAAAGUAAUUGCCCCACCAGAGGCGGGCAGCAAGGAGCAACAGCAGCAGCAUCUGAUGCCUGACCUGGAGCGUCAACUGGAGGUGGCCACGCCACUGAUGUCAAUGUCCACCACAACCACGACCAGCACAUCAGCAACUACGACAACGGCUGCUUUUAAGGAUGAGGGCGAGCGCUCACAGCUGGAGGAGCCGAAAACAGCGGCCAAGCCGGCCAAUGAGCCGGGCGCACAUGCCAAGUGUAUAUCCACGAAACCACCCAAAAACCAACAGGCUUUCUACGGUGCAGCGCGUCUAGCAUUUGGCCAGAAUCCUGAGGUAUUGCCAACAUCUCCCGCAACCACAACGACGACGACGACAACAACAACAACAACCGCAUUGCCUACAACAACGACAACAACAUCAACUACUACUGCAACGCCAACGGUUGCCACAGAAGCCGCAGCGCAAGCUGGCGAGGAUGUGGCGGGGGAGCCAGCAGAGAAUACCGAAGAGACAGCUGAAGCUGCAGCUGCUGUGCCAGACGUUGACGCAAUGUCCGCGGCGCAUCAUAAUCACGAUCUUAACAAGGAGACCAUCGGCGAUAUACUGAUCGAUCAGUUGGAGACGGUGGCCAAGACAACUGAGCGGCGCUCCGGCAUGCCACAUAUGACGGCCAAGACCGCGCAGAGUCUGUUGCGCAAUCCGAAUGGCCAAUACUCUUCCUUCGAUAUGGCGCAGUAUGUGUUCUGGACUGGCGAUGAGACAGGCGUAGCCAGGGCAGUCGAGGAAUUGAUCGAUGAGAAUUUGAUUACCCGCGAAGGUGCUCUGAAGUUUUUGCGUGAUAUUCGUCUAGGCAUAGAGUUCUUGCAGCGCUCCUAUGCCAAUCGCAUUUUCCCCGAAGAGCUGCGACAGAACCACUUGAAGCGCAAUACUUUGCCCAGCUCGACCACCACGUCGACAACAACAACAACCACCACGAGCACCACUACAGAGAAACCAUUUAUGCACCUGGAUGCCGAUGCAGAGGCUGUUACUCCCGAAAUAGGCCGUGGCAAGUCCCUGGACAGCUUCACCUUCUGGAACAAGCUGAAGGCGCUAGAGAGUGAGACUCCGCAAGAUCUAACGGAUUAUGAUGAAACCAUGGGACGUGCUAAGAUCGUUGAGUACUUGUACAACGAGUACAGCUUAGAGGAAAUACUCUAUAAGUUGGCCAAGGUAAUGUUUGCUCAGUCGCUGGCCCAUGGCUCCGAUGAGGCACAGCAGGAGCUGCAGAAGCUAACCGAAUUCCUAGAGCACGAGGGCAAUUUGGGCAUCAUACCUGUUGACUUGCAGAAGAAAGUGCUAAGAGUUCUGCUUACUGCACUGUCCGAUACUCUAACCGAACAUCCCGAGCUGUUGCCCGCUGCACGCGUUAACUUGGCCAAUCCAUUUUUCAGAUUUCCAAUGCAUAGCGCCAGCAAAUAGAACAACGAGAGCAGCUCGAAAAGUUAUCAGAAAGUAUAUAAAUAUAUAUACAGUAAAUAAUCUAUCUGAAAGAAAUAUUAACUAAGUUAUUAGCAUAUACACAACAGAUCAUAUAUAUA